GGCGGGCUACUAUCCUGGUCACCUCCACAGCCAUGAAGCGGAGCGGCUCCGAGGAGGACGCUUGCGGCGUGUGGCUGGACGCAGCGGCGCUGAAGAGGCGAAAGAUACAGACACAUUUAAUCAAACCAGGCACCAAAAUGCUAACACUCUUUCCUGGAGAAAGAACGGAUAAUAUUUCUUUUACUCGAAGAACUCCACCUACAGGCGUUCAACAGAGAAGCAUUGCUUCCUUCUUCACCCUGCAGCCAAGAAAGACAAAUGGUUGUGACCAGAGGAGUGUACCAUCUCAUACAGAAAGUCAGAUCAACAACUCAUCUAAGAAAGAUGCAGCCCACCUAGACCAUCUGAUCCAAGGCUUAGAGGAUGGUUGUGUGGCACCCCCUUUAGCCACUUCAACUCCUGCAGACAUCCAGGAAGCUGGACUUUCUUCCCAGUCUCUCCAGACUUCCGGCCACCACAGAAUGGGAACCCCAUUUUUGUCUGUGCUAUCUUUGCACCAGCCUGACACCCUAGACUAUGCUGGAGAAAGUAAUGCCUCACUGACUUUUUCUUUCACCCAGGACUUGGAAAGUUCUUGUCUGCCAGACCAAAAGGGAGAAAGAGAUUCUGCCGUGAGAAGUGAAUGGCUUCAUGGAUCUAAGAAUUAUCAGGGCCUGCAGAAACACAUCAAACCAUCUUGGAACAAAUGUUGUCAGCCCUUAGACAAGACUAAAUUGAAAAAGAAGGUGUCUACCAAAGAAAACAGGCAGGCCCCUGUCGUUAAAACGUACAGGGAAUCCUGGAGUGGAGAAAACAUGGGAUCAGCAAAACAAAGCCCUUGUCCUGUUUCUCAGUUCUCCUGGGAUGGCAAAAAGGGCAAGGACUCAUGGAGUCAGCUUUUCACUGAAGAUUCUCAGGGCCAGCGAGUCAUUGCCCAUAACACUAGAGCUCCUUUCCAAGACGUGACCAAUAACUGUAAUCAGGGCUUAGGGCAGUUUCCUAACAACCCUCAGGCUCAGUACCAGGAUGGGCCAACACAGUCAAAUCUGCAGCCUGAUUUGCUCUUUACCCAGGACUCUGAAGGUAAUCAAGUUAUCAGGCACAAAUUCUAAAUGUUUCUAUGAGGGUUUCAAAAAGUACCUUGAAAUGGCAGAUAUGUAGGGAAUUACCUUAUAUUGGGCAUGGGGAGGUUUAGGUGGGAAGGAGGGAUGGGAUGAAGCUGUGAAACUGUUGUUACUGAGCAUUUUCUUUGUGUAAAUAAAGCAGGCACUGCCAUUGUUAUGACUGUGUGAUUGGCGUUAUAGCUUUCUCU